AUGUUAUGCAUAUGUUCAGUGAAAAACCGUAUCGAAGAUGUUUUCUCAUCGGAUUUUUUGAUUGUAUCGCCCAAUGAUUUCCCUUCAAAGCUAUCCGAUGCUGGAUAUUCAGACAGAAGCUUGUACCAGUUAUUGCAAUAUCAACUACAGGAAUUCCCAUCAUCAUUAUUAAAAAUUACAAGGAAAAAAUCUCAGAAUGACGAGUCAAAUUCACAAAGCGGUAACCAUGGUCAUGCGCACAAUCUCUCGCGCUUGAGAACGAAUCAUUUUGAAGCAAAUCAAUUUUCACCUCCACUGUUAAAAUCGAAAAUAGAGCAAGCCAAGUAA